AUGUCAUCAACGCUAAUCAGUAAGGGUUUGAGUAAAAUAGCGGUCUCUUCGAACGGGUCUGCUUCUCCUUCAGAUUACGACUAUAUCAAGAGUCUUGACUACGAUGAGCUUGAAAAAAGCUAUAAGAUACAUAAAUACUAUCCUCAGUAUAUUCACAACGGCGGUGUGUCAACUCCUGAAAUUAAGGACCUAAUCGCAGAUAAGCCGAUAUACGCUAAAGCUAAUCUACAUGUUGAAAGUCUCAAGAACGGAUCUAAGAAAAAAACAAUAAACCCAGCCAAGAUUCAGACGACAGACAAUACAAAUGAGAAGUUACCAGCAUACUCCAGUUUAAAACAGAGAAAACAAGAAGUGAAGCAGCUCCAUAAAGAUCAGCGUCAGGAAAGAAAAGCCUUGAGAAAGACACAUCGUAAAGAGAGACGAGCAGUUAGAAAUGGUCAACCUUUAACCACAAAUGAAGGCGCAAAUAAUGGUAUACAUGAAGAAUACAAGGAAGAUAAUGAGGGCGAAGAUGAAUAUUACAAAUGUGACAAGGAUGGAGAAUCCACAGAUACUUUUGAUGAUGAUGAGGAAGAUUUUCUCGUGCUCAAAAAUCCAUUUGAUACUCAGACUCAGUAUUCACUCAAUAAAAAGAAGCCAAGUAAAGGUGGUGAAUCAUAUAAUGGUGUCUUUGCUUGCAAUGGUCAAUUUUUUGGACGUAGAGUCAGCGGCCAAGUAGAAGACAAGUUCAGGAGAAGUAGUUGUAUGAACGGUGCGGGUAAACCCAGUAACUCAGAAUAUGGACAUGAAUUAUGGGGCCGUCAAAGGAACAGUAUCGGGAGCAAUAGUACCCAAAACGGAGGAAUAGUUGGCCAUCAUGCAUCUAAGGCUUCCAGGGUCCCAACAGCAAAUGCUACAUACGUCACCAAUAUCAACGUCCACGAUAACGGAAAUGCCAACAUCAAUAUUGGCAAUGAUUCUCUAGGUUCUCUGAAUGAGCUGGAUCACCAGUUUGACUUCGGAAAGGUCCUGAAGAAUAACUCUCUUUCCAGCAGACUAUUAAAUUUUGUAAGAAAAGAACUGACAUCUCCCGAGCUGAAAAAGGACUUUGGUCAUCAGUUGCAUCCCAGUAAAAGUUUUGAUCAAACGAAGAGUAACAUGACUAAUAUGAGAGGUAAAGCUAGUAAGCUAAUGAAGCUCAAAUUACACGAUAAGCACAACAGAAGACUAAGUGAUCAAAUUCGUACGUAUAUCUUUCUAACUAACCCUAUGCUGCAUUACUGUAGCCUACUCACAAACUUUUAG